AAACCUCCUCCGCUGCUCAGAGAAAAAAGAAUCUGCCAGCGCACACCCGCAGGCCUCCACACGACGUCUUUAUGGAAAUUUGAGAGCCUUUUGAAUGGGUACAGAAAUAGCAGGGUCAGAGUCCUUUCUUGGUAUAUAAUACUUCCCAUUUAUAUCAGACUGAUACCUUACUACCAAAACGUUUAUUUUUCCUUCUGUUCGCCAUUUGUAUAACCACGGGCACGGCUUUCUUCAAGACUGUGUAUGUGUAGAUAUCCACUCUGUACGCAUACAGCCUAUGCACGCACGGUUACAGUUUCUGGAUACACAUCUGAGAGCAUAAAACCAAACGGCAAAACAUCACGACGCGAUGACGACGCUAGCCUCUUUUCUGGAAUACGGCAACGUCGCAUCGUUAACGUUCUGCGCCGUCGUUCUGUUGGCGUCGCUAGCCAUCUGGAGCAUGACUCGACCCCAAGGUUUCCCGCCAGGUCCUAUCGGAUUACCCUUCUUGGGGAGCGUGUUAUCGAUGACUGCUAGCCCCGAAGAGGUUUUCGAGCGGUGGAGCAAGCGAUACGGUGACGUGUUCGGGUUCAAGGCCGGUGAGAGGUUGAUCGUGGUCAUCAACCACGGGGACGCUAUCAGAGAAGCCCUCAUCAAACACGGCAUCGAAUUCGCCGGAAGGCCCGAUUUCUUCUCCUUUAAAGUGUUCACCUAUGGGUUUAAAGACAUCAUCUUCAGCUCCUACUCAGACACGUGGAGGCUCCAUCAUAAAUUUGCCCAUUCGGCUCUCAGACAUUACGCUUCCGGUAAGCGCCUGGAGGAACUUCUACACGGUUCCAUUCUCAAGAUGAAAGGUUAUCUCGCCAAGAUGGAUGAAGAGGAACCCCUGGACCCUAAACUCGUCAUAACUCUACUCCUUUACAACGUCAUGUCGACAAUGUGCUUCGGGAAAGAUUACGACUUUCUUGACAAGAACCUGAUCGCCUGGAAAGAAAACAACGAGAAGUUGAACCAAGAGUUCGGCUUGGGCGUGGCGGCCGAUUUCUUCGGCUGGGCGCAGUACCUUCCGACACCGGGGGUGAAGAUGGUCCACAGGAUGCGAGAUGAGCUCCAUCGGUUCGUCUGGGAGGAGCUGGAGAGUCACAAGAAAAGUUUUGAUCCAGAUAAUGCUCGAGAUUUCUUCGACAUGCUCCUUCUCGCCCAGAAGGAGGCUACCAAUGCAGAAAACGGAGAAUCGGAGAAACUGACCGACACCCAUCUUGUCCUGACGGUCAGCAACAUGUUUGCCGCUGGGAUCCAAACCACUACUGAGACGCUCUACUGGGCGUUGGCUUUCAUGGUCGAACACCGGGACGUCCAGUCCAGAGUUCAAGCCGAAAUCGACAACGCCAUCGGACGCACACGUCUACCCGUCGUCGACGACCGGGGAAGCCUCCCGUACACAGUGUCAACGCUGUAUGAGGUAAUGCGGUAUAGCUCCAUUUUGCCGAUAGCGGUGCCGCACGCCACAACAUGUGAUGUCAACUUUCGUGGAUACCGAAUCCCCAAGGGAGCCGUUGUGAUGUUAAACACUUUUUCAAUGCACUUUGAUCCUAAGGCUUGGGAGAGUCCAAAUGAGUUUAAACCUGAACACUUCCUUGAGGACGAUGGCGCUCUCCGGAAGCACACACCGAGUUUUCUCCCGUUCGGAGCCGGACGCCGUAGCUGUCUUGGGGAAGUCGCUGCCAAGACAGAUCUCAUCGUCAUCUUCACCUGGCUGCUGCAGAACUACAGCUUUAAGAAGGUUCCCGGUCAGGACUCCAAAAGCUUGCUGCGGAUCAUUGAGAACAGUGCCGUCGGGAGGAACCUGGAGAACUACGAACUCAUCAUGGAGAGGAGAAGCUGAAACUGUCAACUUACCAUCCUUCCAAAGAAAGGGUUGAGGUAACGGUAAAGGGAAGAGGGUGUACAUCCUGGAGAAUUGUUGCUCUCAGAAGUACCUUUAGAAGGAACCUGGAGAAUAAGCUAGCUUAUGUACACAUGGAUAGAGAAGCAUGGAACUGUCAACGGGCCACCCUACCAUCCGCCUUGAUCAGGUUGAGGUGAGAUUGUACAUCCUGCGAAGUGUCCUUUACAGGUUCGUGGACAUCACUCUAAAAGUCUGCCGCGAAUUACUGAGAACGCGGUGCCGUCGGGUGAAUCUUGAGAAUUACGAACUCAUCAUGAUCUGGAAAAUGCGAAACUUUUAUCUGACCAUCCCCGCCUUCGGACCCUUCUUUCCCAACCCUAUAUAAGGAAAAGUAGAGGUAGAGUUAGAGGUUAGAGUUUACAACAAAUUUUUGAGAGCUGUACCGUUUGUAAUGACCGAGACAGUGAAACCGGAAACAUGAAUCUAAAAGCAAACUCUGUAUAGCUCUCUGUGAAUCAACCAGAACAGUGCCGUUGACAACUAAGAUCUUGGAGUACUAAAUAUGAAUAAAACCAGCAAAAGAUUCUGAUUGAUUGCCCCAUUUCCCGAUCACCAAAAGAGUUGAUGGUAGAUAUUUAGUAAUCGAGGGAAUCCGACUCAAAAGGCCCAGUCUUUACCAGAAAUGUGCAGAGGACAGGUCCCCCGAAAUAGGAGAAGGUUUAAAUGAUAAUGAGGAAAGAAUGAGUGAAAUUUAGAAAUACUGAGAAAGAUAGUAUGUAUCGUAGAUAGGAAAAGGUACAGAGAUAGAAAGACACAGAGAGAGAGAGAGAAAGAAAGAAAGAAAGAAAGAAAACAAAAGAAAGAAAGAAAGAAAUGGAGAGGGGGAGACGGAGGAUACUAAAUCUACAUCGACGAAAACGACAGAGGUUAUUACCUUAUUUCUAAUGGCAUACACCAUCGGUCGGUUUGGAGUCAGUUUCUUUAGUGGAACUGCAGCAUAGAGAGAGAGAGAGAGAGUCAUUAAAUAGAAAUAGUGAGUGGAAGGGGGGGGGGGGUUAAAAUGAACAUUUAAAUAUUCGAAAUCAGUGACAGAUGUUGAUAUGAUCAAGAAAUAAAUGUCUCUGUUUUACCCCUUGACUGUAAUCUCCCAAUAGCUGUCUAAUAACGAUUAUAUCCUGAAAAACAUACACAAUAAUCAUGCUAUCAGUGGCUAUUGACUCUUUAAUCGUCUAUAUGCGUCAAAAAGCAAAUAUGCGAUAUUACUUGUCUGAUCGUACUGAUGGGAAGAGUGCACGAUGUACAUGAUGUAAUUUACGUGUUAUAUUUUAUUUUUAAAAAUAUGUAUAAAUUAGAGUGAGUAGAACAGA